UAAAAUGACUACUAAAAUUUGACUACUUUGUUACUCCCUGACGUGGCUUUUUAAUUUCUGAUUUCUUUUCCUUUUGAAACAAUCCAAACUCUUGUCCAGCCUCUUCACGUGAUGCAGUGGAGCAAGUCGGCAGUGAAGAAGGGUUCCAAGUUCCGAAAGUUCCUCGACGCCUUCUUCAUUGACCGUAACUUCUUCCCAGCCAUUCGCCUCAUACUCCCCAACCUCGCGAGCGCGACUCUUACGGACUCAAGGAAUUCGUCCUCGCCACCUCCCUCAUCGACGCCCUUGGCAUCUCCCGUUACUCCCUCGAUGCCCUCCGACUCAUCAAUUGGCGUAAAAGUGGCGCCGCCACCAACGCUACAGUUGGAAAUUUCGUCCUCGUCGCCAUUGAGUGCUGCACAACAGGCAAGGGACCGCUUCAGGAGGGUUGACGAUAAGGGAGUUGAAUGAAUUGCUUUACCGAUUGGCUUCCGGUGAAAACAGAUUUGUUUGUUGUUGUUGUUUACAUUGAAGUUUCGCAUGUGAUUGUUGUAGGUGCUAUGCGAGGUUGUAUAAGUUCUGAUAGUGGGAAAAUUUUGAGAAAAAAAUUGAAUGAAUUUCGAGACAAAUGCACAAGAAAUGAAGUGGAUUAUCAUGAUAAUCCUGAAAGGAGUUUCUCAUUUAUACCAGUAAAUAAAUUGAUUUAAUAUCCUAAAAUUAGCUUUGAGCCUGUAAUUAAAAUUUGUUGCAGAUAUAUAAAGUUGGGAAUUAGUGAAAAAAUAUUUUUCAUGAGUUCCAUCCUGAUGCAGAAGACUUGUUUAAUGUUACUUGUGACUUAAAAUUAGUUUGUGAAAAGCUAAGGGAUUGGAAUCAUCAGCAUAAGCGGCAUGUUAGUUGUGAUUUAAAAAAAUAGUUUGAAAUUUGUAUAGUCUUCAAUGAUGUAAUUAGUGUCUUCAUUAUUCUUUGAACUUGGGGCUUUAAAUGUACUUGAUACAUGUUAUGAUAAUUCUUGGUGAGAAAUUAAGUGAUGAGGAGGUGGAGCGGAUGAUUAAAGAAGUACACUCUAAGCAUACAAUGAAUUUUUUUAUUACAAUUUUAAUUUUAUAAAUACCUGCAAUAGUUUUUUAGCAGUUGAAAUUGAUAUUUUGUAAUUACUGUUUCUAGUUAAUUCUAAUGGUAUUAAUCCUGUUUUAGUUUUAAAUACUCAUUUUAGUAGUCUUCUAGAGUAGUUUAUCAAGUGGUGCAAAGGAAAAUUUUAAAUAUUUGCAUAAUUUUUAGUAGUUAUUUUUAUUUCCAUUAAUCUUUUGCUAUUUUUAAGUUUGCAUGAAUUAGUAAAUAGUUUGUCAUAGUUGUUUUAAGUCUAUGUAGUUUUAAGUUCUGUUUUUACUGGUUUUAGCUAGUCUCUUAGGUUCAUAGGUCAUAUUUUAGAUUUCAUCCUUUCUUAAAUAGAUAGAAGUAAAAUUAUGUACUAAGCCUCUUUUUGUUCUUCUUUAAAGUUGGCUACAAUGUUAUGUGAUUUCUCAUACUUAAAUGGUUGCAUGAAAAAUUGAUUUCUCAUAAUCUAUUAAAGGAAGUGAUGUCAAAGGAUGUAAUAGAGAAGAUAUCUUCUCUUUCUCUGAUUUGCAUGAACCAAUUUUCUACAAUAAGCAAAUCAUGUCACAUUAUAUAGUUACUGUCAUUUAAUUUCUGUUAGACAAAUUUAAAUUCAGCAUUCACAUUUCUGUUUAGAUAUUUAUUGUGAAUAUUGCUCAUGCUGUCAAGGGCCUUACAUUUCUUCACUAAUGAAAUAGAUGUAGUAUUCAUACAUUUCUUCACUAAUGAAGUAGAUGUAGUAUUCAGGACCUCAAAAUUUCUGUUAGUCUUGGGUUUCUAAAAUUUGUUUUUGUGAA